AUGUCUGCUCAUCUGCAGUGGAUGAUUGUACGCAACUGCUCGAGUUUCCUCAUCAAAAGGAACAAGCAAACCUACAGCACGGAGCCCAACAACCUUAAGGCCCGUAACUCCUUCCGCUACAACGGUCUGAUACAUCGCAAGACUGUAGGGGUAGAACCAGCUGCUGAUGGGAAGGGCAUUGUUGUAGUCCUGAAGAAACGUGCAGGCCAGAGAAAGCCAGCCGUUUCCUAUGAAAAGAUCACCAUCAACAAAAACGCACGGGCCACCCUCAGCAGCCUCCGCCAUAUUAUUCGCAAGAAUAAUUACCGCAAGGAUCUGCGCAUGGCUGCCUUGCGUCGGGCCAGUGCAAUUCUGCGCAGCCAGAAGCCAGUGGUGGUGAAGAAGAAGAGGACUCGGGCUCCCAAGACUGCAUAA